GCCGAGCGGAGAGAGAAAGAGAGAGAGAGAGAAGGCGAAGAGGAAGAGCAGAGCGGCCCUUCGGAAGGCUUUUCCGGAGGCCUGGGAGGACCCUCGCGCUGCCUGCGAAUGACGCAAUCGCGGAAGGGGCGGGGCGGAGCUUGCUUCCGUUGGUCGUGCUCUCUGGAAGGAGAGUUCGCGGGAUCGAAUCCCGCCUGGCGGCGAGCGAGGCUGGGUUGGGCUGACCCACAGGAAGAAUGGAGGAGCUGAGCCAGGCGCUGGCCUGCAACUUUGUCGUCUCACAGGACCUGAACAGCCCUGCAGCUCCCCAUCCACGCCUGGCCCAGUACAAGCCCAAAUACAGCUCCCUGGAACAGGGCGAGCGACGCCGGCGGCUGCUGGAGUUCCAGAAGACUAAGCGGCUGGACUAUAUAAACCAUGCCAGAAGGCUGGCCGAGAACGACUGGACCUACACAGAGGAGGAGGAGGAGGAGAAGAAGGAGGAGGAGGGAGAAACAUCCAAGGCUGAUGGGGAUCAUGAAGAAAUGGAGCUAGAGAUUGUGAAGAAGCUACCCAAGCGAUAUGCCAACCAGCUGAUGCUUUCUGAGUGGCUGAUUGAUGUCCCACCAGAUCUGGACCAGGAGUGGCUCUUUGUGGUGUGUCCUAUAGGGAAGAGAGCUCUUGUGGUGGCCUCCAGGGGCACCACCUCGGCGUACACCAAAAGCGGUUUCUGUGUCAAUCAGUUCCUUUCCCUUCUGCCUGGCGGGAACCGGCUUAAUUCAGCAACGGGCAAAGAAUACACCAUCUUGGACUGCAUCUACAACGAGGUCCAGCAGACGUACUACAUCCUUGAUGUGAUGUGUUGGCGGGGACACCCUGUCUAUGACUGCCAGACAGAUUUCAGGUUCUACUGGCUACAUUCCAAAAUGGAAGAGGAGACGGACUUGUCGGAGAAAAGCAGACUUAACCCAUAUAGGUUUGUGGGCCUCAAGAGCUACUCCUGCAAUCCAGCCAGCCUGUGUGAGGUUCUGGCAAUGACAUUCCCCUUCGAGGUAGACGGGAUCCUAUUCUACCACAAACAAGCGCACUACAACCCGGGCAGCACGCCGUUAGUGGGUUGGCUGCGCCCUUACAUGGUCUCCGACAUCUUGGGCAUCGCAGUGCCCAGCUGCUCACUUACCUCCAAGCCCGGCUACGCGGGGCAGCAGCUGCAGCAAAUCAUUGAGCACAAGAGGAAUAAAAACCAGCAGCCGGGCGCGGCGGAGGAGGCUGCCUCGCAAGACGGGCGCUACGAACUGGAGCAUUUGUCCACACCCCGAGCGGAGGCGCCUCAGCCCGCCUCACCCAACAGCGAGUCCCAGAUGGACAACUGAUCGGAGAUCAGAAGGCGGCCAGGAUCGGCGGAGAGAACUCAAAAAUCAAUAUUUGCACUUGGCUCCUUGGGAAUUCUAAGCGGAAAAAAAGAAGCCAAAUUCUGCAAAUGUGGCUGAUUCCGGCCUUCUGCAGCUUGGUUGUUUUGUAUCCUGCCAGAGAAGAGCUGUUGGUCACCUGGGGCUUCAGUAGUCACCUCUUUCUGCCAUUAAGUAAUAGAAACUUCCCAAAUCCAGACGUUUGGUAGAAGCUUCCCUUUUUUUUCAAAGGAAGGAAACCGAGACCAAUUCUCGCUAAGCUUUAAUUUAAUUUAAUUUUUUUUUUCAUACCAGAACGCCAGCAGGCCUAAACCCGCCGG